UUGAAAGACAUGAAAAUCUUGAAUUUGUGGAUAAAAUCUAUGGUUUUGUUAGAAUAAAACAUCCUUUAUUGAUAAAAAUAGUGAAAACAGAACAGUUUACAAGGCUUAAGAGUAUAGGCUGUAUUUAUCAUGAUAAGUCAAAAGCACCUUAUUCAAGAUAUGACUAUUGCAUUGGAAUGUAUUAUUUUGCUGGGAAAUUUGUGAAGACGCUUAGAAAGAGACAACCUGUGUUGAAUAUUACUGAGUCUGAUGUUUUGUGUGUACAAAUUGCUGCUCUUUGCUAUAACCUGGGUCAUGGUCCUUUCUCUCAUACUUUUGCUGACUUCUUGAAGGAAAUCAAAGCUUCUAGACGUUACUGGAAAGGCUUACGUGCUAAUGUGAUGAUGUUCCAACAUAUGAUUGAAGUUAACAGAUUGCCAUUUCAUGAAUAUUUGGAUAAUCCUGAAGAAGAUAUUGAAUUUAUCAAAGAGCUAAUGACAGGAAAACAAGGACCACAAGCUACACUACGUAAAGAUAAGGUGUUCCUUUAUGAGAUAGUGGUAAAUAAAAUGAGUGGUUUGGAUGUAAACAGAAUGGAUUAUACAAUGAGAGAUGCAGUUGUCUUGGGAAAAAGAAUUAAUUUCAAGUGGAGAAAAUUUCUGAAUAAAAUACGUGUUGAAAUAUGUCCUGAUGGAAAGAAACACAUUUGUGCUAAUGAAGAAGAUUUGGGCACAUACAAUGAAUUAUUUGCUGAUCGCCAUGCCCUUUUCAAAGAAUUAUAUUUUGAACGCAAGAACAGGACUGUUGCUACAAUGAUCAAUCGAAUUUUAUCAAAAUGUGGAGAAGCUGAAUUUAUUAAAGGACCUGAUGGUAAAUGGUUGUCACUUAUUGAUGCCAUAAAAACCAUGGAUACUUACUGCUGCCUUAAUGAAGAAAUCCUUGAAGUAAUAAACGAAACAAUUGCUGAUCCAGAGGUAGAAAAAUUGAUAAAAUUUCUUAGUAACUCAAAGUUGCUAAUACCAAUUGGUUAUGUUGAAAAUUGUCAAUUAGCAGGAGGUAUACAACAAUUGAAAGAAGAAAUUAUAGAAAAUGAAGAUGGACUUAGUCAAGAUGACAUAAUUGUUGAUGUUGCAAAGUCAGGUUAUGAAAGAGCUACAAGGGAAUAUAUGUAUUACAUCAGUCCUAGUGGCACUGUAAAACAAUGGACUAAAGAAUGGCACGCUCCACCAGCUGACACCUCUGCUCCAUGGCGUGUAUUUUAUACAAAACACAACAAAGAACUGGUUACUACAAUGAAGAGAGGGUUAAGGAGGGUGAUUGAUGAAAAGGGUGGAGAAGUGGAUACAUACGAUAAUGAAACUGAUGUUAGUGAUCUUAUUCCUGAAGAGGAACCAGCUGCUUCACAAUGAUUAGAAAACAAUAAAUAAUAGUUUACUAGUUUAUGGCUACAUUAGGUAGUAA